UAAAGCGUUCGUUGAUACCGGACCAGCACUCACCGCACCACCCUAGACAGGUGCUACAUGUUAAUCAAGUAACACUGAUUAAUUGAUUCAGGACCAGGUAGCGAGAUAGCAGACGACCGGGCCUUGUUCACCUGUAAUCUAGACUAUAUCCCAGAGAUCUAUCCAUAGAAAGUCUGUAUGAUUUGUGACCGUGGCGGAAUUACAACCGGAUAGAACUACUACACAAUAUUGCUUUCUAGCUUUUCAAAGGUCGUAUUCACCAGAGCCGCUGAGUUCGAUACCUGAGUAGACAAUGAAGGAAAAAGAAAAAGCCGGACAUGGGGAUCACUCUAAGAAAGGCCAGGACGGUCACCAGAAAGAUGAACAUUCUAAAGGGGGACAGGAAGGGAGUCCUUCUAUUCACCAUAGAACCAGGAAAGAUAGCCAUCACAAACCCAGUCACGAUGGAGGUCAUCAUAAAGGUCAUCACCAUGGUGACAAAAGCAGCCCAACGACGUCAUCACAUCCAAUACGUCCAAGGGCGGGAACUCUAGUCCACCGAGAUACUGCUCAUUCAAUAGUGUCCGGAAAGAGUGCUCACAACGCAGACAAACGUAGUAUUGCCACGUCAGAUGAAAUCCAGCCAAUGAUGGGGAUCAAACUAGAAAACACGUACAAGCUAAAGCCCGACUUCAUUUUUUAUGAAACACCAGUGAAACAAAUCAUAACGGACGUGAUAGAGGCACAAAUGACAUUGAAAACGUACGACCCCGGGUCAAUGAGUAAGCUUUGUGUUUUAGCGAGUGACAUGAUCAAAGAAAAGGUAAAACAACAGAUGACUCUUCCGCGGUACAAGAUUGUGAGUUCGGUAAUGGUUGGGGAAAGAGGGGAGCAUGAUGCAAGUAUGCUAGUGUCUUCCAGGUGUCUCUGGGAUCAGCGGUACGACAAUCACGUGUCUGUUACGGUACACAAAUCUGGGUACUACGUCAUAGGGAUGGUGUUCGCCGUUUACGCAGAAUGAUAUGACGGCACUUUUAGGCUAGUAAUAUAAUCAAUGUUCAGUGACAAAACAUUCAAGAACUAAUUUCAUAAAUAAUGUGUUAAAGAUAAAAAAAAAGUGCUGUAUAAUACUGCUAUGUAUUUAAUUCUAAAUAAAUGUGUUUCGAUUUU